AUGAAGAACUCCGGAGUCCAGCAGGAUGUUUCUAUUUCCCAGGGAGUCCGCGCGAUGUUUUACUUGAUGAAGCCCAAUGAAACAUCCUUUCAAACCUUAGAAGAGGUGCCCAAUUAUGUAGAAAAGGCAACUCCAUUGUUCAUUUCUUUGAUGAUACUUGAAUUGAUUAUCAGCUGGCUUCACAAGGGAAAAUUACCAGGUCGUCUGGAUGAUGUCUUAGCAUCUCUAUCUGCUGGUGUUCUAUCUCAGCUUCCAAGUCUGCUUUUUAGGAGCAUUGAACUGACGAGUUACGUUUAUAUCUGGGAGAACUAUAGACUCUUUAAUUUGCCUUGGGAUUCUCCAUGGACUUGGUAUUUGACCUUCUUAGGAGUUGACUUUGGCUACUACUGGUUCCAUCGCAUGGCCCAUGAAGUUAAUAUAAUGUGGGCUGGACACCAAACACACCAUAGCUCUGAAGACUAUAACUUAUCCACAGCAUUGCGACAGUCUGCCUUCCAAGUAUACACUUCCUGGAUUUUCUACUCUCCCCUGGCCCUCUUCAUUCCUCCUUCGGUAUAUGCUGUUCAUCUUCAGUUCAAUCUCCUUUACCAGUUUUGGAUCCACACAGAGGUAAUCAAUAGUCUUGGUCCUUUGGAACUGAUUCUUAAUACUCCAAGCCAUCAUAGAGUUCAUCAUGGAAGAAACCGUUAUUGCAUAGACAAAAAUUAUGCUGGUACUCUGAUUAUCUGGGACAGAAUUUUUGGGACAUUUGAGGCAGAAAAUGAAAAAGUUAUAUAUGGCCUAACCCAUCCCAUUAAUACAUUUGAACCCUUCAAGGUGCAGUUCCACCAUUUAUUAUACAUAUGGAAUACAUUCUGGGCCACACCUGGAUUCUUCAAUAAGUUUUCUGUCAUAUUUAAAGGACCAGGAUGGAGUCCAGGUAAACCGAGACUUGGACUGAGUGAAGAAAUCCCAGAAGUCACUGGAAAAGAAGUUGCAUUCUCAUCUCCAGCAUCUCAGCUGCUAAAGAUAUAUGCUGUUGUUCAAUUUGCUUUGAUGCUAGCAUUUUAUGAAGAUACUUUUGCAAAUAAAGCUGUGUUACCACAAGUCAGUCUCAUUCUGAGGAUUUCCUUCAUUAUCUUGACGUUGACUUCCAUUGGAUUCCUUAUGGAUCAAAGACCUAAAGCGGCUAUUUUGGAAACUGUCCGUUGCUUAGUUUUCCUGAUACUGCAUGGAUCUGGUCACAUGAAGCCUUUCAUUCCUUCCUUGUCAUUGGUUUUUGAGACAACUGUCAAAGGGUUAUCAUUGUGA